CCCCUCUAAUCUUCCUCACCAUUCGCGCAUCACCCAGCAGACGUCGCGGUCGCUCAAGCCUCAAGUGCGCAAUCCAAUCACCGCAGCCGCUGCAAUCCUCCUCUCUUCUCCGUAGGUAAUUCCUUCGAACACCUCGCGCGCGCGCGUCCUCUCCGAUCGAAUGGCGUAGCGGCUGGGUUUUCCCGAAGAGAGCUUGAUUGAUUGGCAUGGCUGCCGUGGUGGCGGCGGCGGCGGCUUGCUUGUCCCCCGUGUGCGCUGCCGCUGCCUCCGUCCCGCGCGCUCGGGUUUGCUUCGUGAGCCCCCCCGGUUCUUGGAGCUGCCUCGCCGCGAGCAAUGGCCGCGGGUUGCUUCGCGGUGGGAAUGGGAUGCGGUUGCGGUGGAGGGCACCGGUGCGCGCCAAGGUGGACGAGGACAAGGAGGCCGGGCUGGGGUUCCGCGAGCCGGAACGGAGGAGGAUGCGGCUGCGGCUCCGGCCGCGGCUGCGCCUGCUGUGGUGGCGGCUCCGGCGGCUGUCGCCGCGGGACCUCCCCGGGGACGCCGCGGCCGCGCUGCGGCGCGCCGCUCGACGCGUGCCGCCCGCCGCGGCCGCGCCCAUCGUCCUCGCGGUCCUCCUCCUCGCCGCCCGCCUCGCGCUGCCCAAGAACGCGGCCAAGGAGGUGGCCUACUCGGACCUCCUGGCUGGCCUCCGCGCGGGCGCCGUCACCGCCGUCGCGUUCGAGGAGGACUCCCGCCGCAUCUACUUCCGCAGGGCCGCGGACGACGGGGGCGGCAGCGACGACGCCGGCGCGGGCGCGGGCGAGGCCCGCAGAGGCGCCGCGGCGGCGGCGAGGUGGCCGUGCUACGCGAGGAGGGUGCCGCACGACGAGGGGUUCUUGCUGGGGCUGAUGCGGGACGGCGGGGUGGACUACCGGUCGGCGCCGCGGCCGGCGGGGAGGCUGCUGGUGGACAUGCUGAGCACGCUGCUCACGCUGUGGGUGUCGCUGCUGCCGAUGAUGUGGUUCAUACAGCGGCAGAUGUCCGCCGGUGGCGGCGCAGAGAAGCGGCGCCGGCCGAGGAAGCAGCGAGUGGGGUUCGACGAUGUCCAGGGCGUCGAUGAGGCCAAGGAGGAACUCGUCGAGGUAGUGAGUUGCUUGCAUGGUUCACUGAACUACAAGAAGCUCGGAGCUAAAUUACCCAGGGGUGUUCUGCUUGUUGGGCCUCCAGGAACUGGGAAAACUCUUCUGGCAAGGGCAGUUGCAGGAGAGGCUGGAAUUCCCUUUUUCUCUGUUUCUGCUAGUGAAUUUGUUGAAGUUUUCGUUGGAAGAGGAGCAGCCCGUGUAAGGGAUUUAUUCAAGGAGGCCAAAGAAGCUGCCCCAUCUAUAAUUUUCAUUGAUGAACUUGAUGCUGUGGGUGGAAGUCGAGGUAGAAGUUUUAAUGAUGAGAGGGACCAAACUUUAAACCAGCUGCUUACUGAGAUGGAUGGUUUUGACUCGGACAUGAAAGUUAUUGUCAUGGCUGCUACUAAUAGGCCUAAAGCACUGGACCCUGCUCUGUGUCGCCCUGGUCGGUUCUCAAGAAAAGUUUUGGUUGGUGUGCCUGAUUUGGAGGGGCGAAGGAAUAUUUUGGCUGUUCAUUUAAGGGACGUUCCUUUGGAAGAGGAUCCUGAAAUAAUUUGUGAUCUGGUUGCUAGUUUAACACCAGGAUUGGUUGGUGCGGAUCUAGCAAACAUUGUGAAUGAGGCUGCGUUACUAGCUGCUCGAAGGGGUGGCAAUACUGUGGCUCGGGAGGAUAUUAUGGAUGCAAUUGAGAGGGAGAAAUAUGGGGUCAAUGGUAGACAAGAGAAUGCUGAUUCUGAAAGGCAAGGCCUCACUAAAUUGUUUCCAUGGUUACCUAAACCUGGAAAUAGACCAACAAACCCAGAUGAUAUUGGAGGAGUUAUGGGAUAUCAUACAUUAAGCUAACUGGAGGCUUUGCAAGGAAGAAAGAAGUUAAGCUGCAAUCAAAAUGGUGUUUGAAUUGCCAACGUACAUGGGAACAUGUCGGUUAUAGUCGUGUAGGAGCAAAUAUGCGUCUCUACUGUACAUGUGAAGGAUACUGCACUCUUCUGAGUUUUGGGGCUGCAAAUUUAGGUGCUUGGAGGAGAAAACUGCCACCAAAUCAGAAGAAAUCAAGCUUCUGAAUGUGAAACACGGAGGUCCAAGGAUUUCACUUGACAACAAUCUUGCGCUCUGUAGUCUUUGCUAGAAGCACUACAUCUGGUUUUGUUCCAUAGACAAAUUGUUAAUAGAACAAUUAGAAUUAGAUUACAGGAUAAGGUCGCUCCAGUGUUCUGCUGUAUACAUACCAUCAGCCAUUCAGCUCAUUCGUGCAAACCAGAAGUUAUGCUGCUGCUGGGUCCGCGACAAUAUGUAAGUUUGCAAAUCACAAUUAGAGACGAGCACUCCUUACCAUUUCAAAUUGUGCAUCGCUUUGCUUUACCUAAGCACUAGUCUCUUCACGUUGUUCAUCAUUUUUCUUCAACUGAACUUUCUCCUACUGCUACAAUUCUAUAAAUCUGCAGGUAUCAAAGUAUGAAUAGAUUAUACACCUUUCAACUUUCAAAUUUGAACUUCUCUGUAGUACUCAUUGUCCUGUGUUAUCUAUGUGCCAUUUUCUUCUGCAUUUGCUUGGUAAACUCUGAUGUGUCUGCAUGACUUCAGCAUUACUGCUAAACCUGAUCACAAACAGGGGAUUACUGGUGGAUUGCCAAGUGGGUUCCAUGACAGUUAGUCGGAGAACGACCCGGCGGCUUGACCCAGAAAAAAGGCCAUCUGCUGUCAGAGACACACAUCCCGUCCUGAAGACGACAUGACCUUAAUAAUUGGGAAGCCAUGCAAUGGCUGCAGAAUCAGGACAUAUACCCUUGAGACAAAGAUGAAGCUUCUCCCAGCAAGAAAAAAUGUUGUGUAAAGGGCAGAGCUUUGGCAUGUAGACCUCGACCUGUCAUACACCGGAAUGAAGGGUGUGGUUUGGCU